AAUUUACCUCAAAUUUGACACCAAUUUCCAGCAAAAAAAUUUUAACCUAUGGCCUAAUGGAUAACACGGAUGGCUGAGACACACAAGACCGGGGUUCGAGUCCCCGCUGUGGCUAAUAUUUUUAUUUAACGUUUUUUGUGUUCAGCGACAUUUUUUGAGUUAAAAUAUGACCAAUUCUUCAUAAAUGCCUAAUUUCGGGCGGUUUUUCUUGUUGAAAAUUUCGAGAAAAGUUUAGAAUUUUAAAAAAUUGUAUUUAUUUAUUUAUUAUUUUUAAAAUCUUUUGUAUUUUCUUCGAAUGGACGUGCUUUUUCUUUCUCUUACCCGGUCUCAUUUCCCUAUGCCCCCCCCCCCGUCACCAUAGGAACCCUCCUCCGGAGGGCGAGGUGGGCUCGCGGAGCACACCCCUAGUAGAACAUCAAUAUGUCCCGUUUAUCAAGUACUUUCGGUUUUGCCGGAUCUGUGGAUCGAUUAUCUAUCAGGGUCCAACUCUUCCAAAAAGGCAUUCAAUCUCUCGAUUUUGACCGUUUUAAUCAGGAUAACAAUGUGAUCGAUGAGAGACCAUCAAAAAGUCGUCUUGAUGACGUCACUUUCAAGUGGAAACAAAAAGUUGGACGAGCUGAGAAUAGCAAUCGUCGAAUUUUCACACUUCGAGAUGGGGAUGAAUUCCCAGAUUAUUUGAGUAGAUUCAAGCCAACAGAGGUUUCAGAGCCAGCUGAAAAUAAAAAGGAAUCGGAAUACCCCCACAAUGACUACAUAGUCUAUCGAAAAUCUGCCGCAUCUCGCCCAACAAUCAAAAAAAGCUAUCUAUACAUUUUCGCCCGUCUGGGCCCAAUGGACAUUGAGGACCCUUCCGCCGUCGAAUUGAUUUCCAGAAUUACUGUAACCGAUACGAAUCGUCUGACCGUGGAACCUGCAAUCAAUCAGGCAGACGAUGAGGGAAUAGUGUUGGAGACCAAAUUUGGAGAUUAUACAGUAAAAAUUCAAAUUGAUGACGUGGAAAAUGAGAAAUCGACAGAAGAUCAGCUGGUGGAUAAUAAGAUCGGGAGAAGCAGGAAGGCAAGAGCAAGUGUGACCAGUAUACCGGAAUCCGAGACAUUUAUGGCAGCACGGGAUGGUCUUGUGGAGACUGUUGUUCACGUGAAAUUGAUCAAAGGCGUAAAUUUCCUGUUCGACGAGGGUUUAACGAUCGACUACAAACUACAAAUGCCACGUGGAAUUAAGUUGAAAUCCGAAAAUGCAACUGGAAGAUCACAGAGAUACUCAUCAGCGGAGCAAGAUGGCGGGGAUAUUAAUUUCGGAUAUUUUUUGGAAUUUGUUUUUGAAUCGAGGAAUACCGAUUUUUGUCCGCUGCUUAUGCUGAGAUUUAUGGCGGUGGACUACUGGGGACGGCAGUAUAUUGCUGGAUAUGGAUCCGGUUAUGUUAGUUUGACACCCGGAAAAUCUCUGUCGAAAAUCCAUCUCUGGCGACCAAUUAGCCAUAAUUCUCUUUACGAAAUGUUUGUUGGCCAGGCAAUCGAUAUCGAUUAUUUUGGAACUCCAAAGAGCUCUCUGGAACGAGUUGGCCGAGACGGGCAACCUUCUGGAAUAGUAAUAAUGAAAACAGAUUGCGUUGCACAAUCCCGGCAGUUUAUGGCCAGAGACAUACUUUAUCAGUUGAAAUAUGGCUCUAAGAUGGCAGAUAUGGGAUUGCGAUCAGAUUUCUACCAACGUAUAAUAAAAGUGCUAAUGGAAUUCGAAGAAGCCCGUUCAAAACUGAUUAUCGCACGAGCGAUCAACAAAAAGAAGAUAAAAAUGUGAAAAGCGCUGCUAUUUUUUGUUUUGUAUUUUUAUUUUAUUUUUCUGAAAAUCUGAAAAUUCUUGUACUGGAUAAAUUUGUUCAAAUUUU